CAGAUGAAGUCUGAAAGUGCCCCGCGUGUUCGCCUUUGUCGAGCAUGUCCAUGUACUAUUAGUAUCCGCGAGAUCGAGUAGCUCACCGCACGUUUUCCAUCGACGAUCGUCGAUCAUUUACAGCAGGAAUUCGAUCAGCCUGCGAGCAAGUUCUCUUUGCGUGCUUGUUACUUUAUCUUCCUUGUUCAUAACGAUUCUUAGGAUAGUUUCGCGAGGGACGACGCCCUUUCGAAAUCCUUAGGACAGUGAUAAUUAAAACUGGAUCGACAAAAAUGAAGAUCGCCACUACAUUAUUCCUCUUUGUGGUCGUCGGAUGUACGUGGCGAGAGGCACUAGGCACGUGUGUGUUUCAAUCGGACUUUGGUUUUGUUCUAAACUGCGCUUUCAAAAAGUCCGGUCUCUUCCGUGUCAGAAACCUGGGUGGUGUUAAGGGUUACGUCGGCCUCGGGUUUUCCAUUGGAGACGAACUAGGCUUCAGCCAAUCGCUCUCCAAUUUGGAAAGUACAAAACGACGAAGUGUACAAUCGAACAGAGUUAACGGACUCGCAAUUAAUCCUUUAAAUCCGGCAAACAAUCGCGACGAUACGCGUGCAAGCUCGUUAAAUACUCGCCAGGUAGUUCCGCCUUUCAAGCCGUUGCCCAUCGGAACGGUCCGACCGAUGACCCAGCAACCUGAACGUCAGAAACUGAUAGUGAACGCAACUGCUCUAAAACCAUCACCCGUGCUAUCCGCGAUGCAACAAGAAGCGCUGCGCCAGCAUCACCAACGAAUUCACCAAGAAAACAAGCUGAAGCAACAGCAGAGAAUACAACAGGAGGCGCUAGCGGUACAGAUAUUGAAACAACAACGUCAGCAGCAACAGGAAGCUAUGAGACUGCAACAGAUACAACAGCAAAAGAUGCAGCAACAGCAAAAACAACAGCAGCAACAACUGCUCGCACAACGGCAGCAGAUUAUGGCGACAGAUAACAAGAAGGACCAAAUGGUUAUGCCACAAGUAAUGGCGGUUGCGGGAGCGAUGCCGAAACUACCUAUCAUCGCCGCAAUUCCGCCAGUUGGUAUGACCGAGCCUGAGGGCCUUUCAUCGUCGUCAUCAUCAAAGGCAACGACAAACAUUGGCUUGCCACCUUUCAUCGCAAUGCCACAGUCGUCAGCAAAACUCACACACAGAAUCGGUGGUGGUGGUACCCUCUUACAGGAUUCCGACAACGAAGUAUCAAAAGAUGAUUUUACACAGCUACCUUUGCCGAGCGACGAGAUGGCUGCUUCAGUGAACGAAAUGACUCUGCUUUCGUUGCAGCCUUCUGCAGCUGAUGGCAGCCAAUCAUUUCAACUUAAUGAUAAACGACAGUCAUUACCCAACAGUUUACCUUCCUUGGCUCCCAUCCAAGGAAUGGAAACCUCCUUGAAAGCUCUCGCAGAAGCAAGUAAUAUUACUCUAGAAGCCCUGGAAGCCGCAAUUCUUCUAAGACAGCAACAGCUUCUUAAAAAGCAACAGGGACCAACUACAAGUACCAGUACCACAACCACACUCGCACCUUUUAAAAACAAUAAAUAUAAUUCCGGAGCUACUAAAGUGAUGAAUGCGCCGCGGGAAUACUAUCCCGUUGGAUACGAUAAGAACUUCGACGACAAUUUCGCAAGUCGUGUCGACCUGCCGGAUACGAGCUUCUAUUGUGGCGAUCAAAAGCAUUUUCCGGGUCUCUAUGCCGACGAAGACUUGGGAUGUAUGGUAUUCCACGUUUGCGCACUGACAGACGAUGGUUUAAUCAUGAAGAGUUUCCUGUGUCCGGAAUCGACGCUAUUCGAUCAAACGAUUCUGAAGUGCAACUGGUGGUUCUACGUAGACUGUAAAUCUUCAAAGAACUUGUACGACAGUAAUAUACCUAUCAGCAAAAGCUACCAGCUGAUGAAAGCCUUGGCGUUCUUCUCGGCGUACAAAAAUCACGAUAACAGUACAAACAACGCGGAGGAAAGCAAAGAUAAUUCUUGAAUCAAGAGCAGCAGAUCAAUCAAAGAUUCAUAAAAUUAAUCAAAAAAAAAAAUUAUAAGCUCAAUAUUCCAUAUCUGGAAACCAUCUUGUUUCCAUGAUGCAACUUCUCAUCUAGUUAAAAAAAAAUAAGUUUUUUAUCUGUACAUAUAUAUAAUUUAUUUUAUUAAUAGAGGAUAGUAUGUAGGUUUGUACUUUAGAGGUAAUGUAAAUAGUACACGUUCCUCGCUCAUUGUUGAAUAAUAAUAUACGUUUUCGUGUAAAA